GUGGUGUGGUGGUCCCUGCGAUCUCCUGCGGCGCAAGAUUCUCGUUCUCCUCGUACUGAUCGGCUGCACCGAUGGCUAUUUUAAUAUAUUCAUCAGCCAUUCUCAGGUCAUGAAGCUUUUAGGACUCGAGGCCGAGUUGUACUACGUGCGGGAGGGGGUGGUCAACACGUACGCGAUGAAUUUCGUCGUGCCUGUGCCGGCUAACAUAGCGGACCUAGAAUUUUCAUGGCAGAGCCUCGUGGGACACCCGGUGUCGAGACUCCUCCUAGCAACGACUCGGUGCGCUUGGAGCCCGAUCCGCUCAUGAAUGGCGCCGGUGCCCUCUACGUCGCCGCUACCUGUGCUUGCGCCUUAGUUUUGGUCGUGGGCAGUGUGGCCAGCGCGCUGUACAUCCGCAACAGCAAGGCACGCGUUCAAGAAUCGCAGAAAACUCUGCCCUGCUGCAGUUACUCCGCGGCUGACACUGGCGGCCUGGCCAGAAGUUCCGUUUUAGUUAGGGUCGACCCACGACCCGGAAGUGCAAAUUCCGGAAGUUACGCCACCAUCGCCGACCUGGAGCCGCUGUACGCAAGGCCAUGCGGUUCCAGAGCUAGUUACUACGCGGCGAGCCAUGUGACACAUCUUAGCCAGUCGACCGAUCCGUGCGAGAAGGCCAGAGCACUCGCAGUAUCGAGAUCGGCGUUAUACUGCCGUACUCUCGUGCAGGAGGGUACUUUCGGUCGCGUAUACAAAGGAACUUUGGAGAUAGCCGGACGAGAACAAGAAGUCAUCAUAAAGACAGUCACAGAGGUAGCAUCUGCUUACCAAGCUUCUCUUCUGGUGGUGGAAGGCUCGCAACUGGCUGGAUUAGUUCAUACAAACAUUGCCUCUUUGGCAGCCGCUUGUCUAGACAGUUCGUGCCCUUUGCUGGCUUAUACAAGCACGCCCGGUGAACUAAACCUGAAAGUCUACCUUACUGAUGGAAAUCAUCAUCCGGUGACUAGAGAUUUGGUGCACGUCGGUGCGCAGGUUGCCAGAGCAGGGGCAUUUCUCCACGGGCGAGGUUUACUGCAUAGGGAUAUCGCUGCUAGAAAUUGCAUAAUCGAACCGGGCAGCCUUCGCGUGAGACUGGCUGACGCUGCCCUGGCUCGAGAUCUCUUCCCUCAGGAUUAUCAUUGUCUCGGUGAUAACGAGAACCGACCUAUACGCUGGAUGGCCCUAGAGAGUCUCCAGCGCAACGAAUACAGCACGGCGACCGAUGUGUGGGCAUUCGGGGUAUUCCUAUGGGAACUGGCGACACUGGGUCAACAGCCGUAUGUAGAAGUGGACCCGUUUGAAAUGAUGGCGUGUCUCCGAGACGGAUAUCGGCUCGCUCAGCCGAGACCUUGUCCCGAUGAGCUCUUCGCCUGUAUGGAAGCAUGCUGGCUCAGUCCCUCCAGGGAUCGACCAACCAUGCCACAGCUGCUCGCCUAUUUGCAAGAUUUUCACGAUGCGCUAGGCGGAUUCAUUUAAAUCGUCUGUCCGCAAGCCCAUCAUUCGAAGAAUCGAUAGCGCAUUGUCGUCGACUCAGACUUAUCAAUUACACAUAACUAAUUAAAUUCAUUUAGAAUCAUAUUGCGAAUGGCUGGAUGAAGAAAGCUGUCGCGGCCUGAAACACUCAUUUCGAAACGUCGAAAGUACGUCCACCAAGUUCGCAAUCAAAUUGAAAGUUUUAAGGAAGAACAGAAUCAAAGUCGUAUGGAAUUGAACGUCGCUGCCCAUUUGCGACACGCUGCUCUAUAUCGAUAGGUCAGGUGCAAUUUAUUACUACUAUAUUACGUACUGAUACGUACUGAUAAUUAUACUGACCCCAGUUGAUUAUGAAUCAAAGUAUAAUAUCGUCGUCUUUUAAUUGGUGAAAGAAUUGUCGCGAAAAAAAUCGACACGGACACAUCCGUCCAUAGUAGUUAAACGUAUGUACAUGAACUUUUAAAUCUCACAUUUGAGAGCGACUUGCACAAGAAGCCGGUUAAUAUCGCACAAAAGAGCCUUAUCUUCGAUAUUUCAAAAUAGAUCUUUUUUCUUAGCUCUUUUCUGGGCUAAUAAAGCAAUUUUACAAAACUGCCAGUUCAUAGCAAAGUAAUAAAAAAAUUAAAAUAGUUAAUGUGCAAUAUAAAAAAUUCAUCGAAUCUAGGUGUUUUUUUAUAUAAGUAAGCUUUAUAUGUAUAUUCAAAUUAAUAUUAUACAAAUUGAAAGAUCAUACACACAUUCCACAUACACAUAGCCAAUCUUUAUGAACGACAUUUUAUAAAGUAACUUGCCAAGAAUGGAGAUUGUUCCUAAUAUGUACGUUUUCUCCUUAAGGAAAUCUCUCUUAUUUGUCUUGGUUAAAUUUAUGUGAGAAUGUAUUUUACAAAGAUUUCAUAAUUCGCAGAUGUGGCUUUUGCCUGCACCAGCUCAGCAGACUGCGCGUAAAGUGCGCCUGCAACAUGGCUAUUCUUUAUCCUUUCGACGCCAUUGUAACGCGGGAUUCAGGCGAAUGAAUGAAAAUGCCUCCUUCUAUCUUUAUUAAUUAGCGUUUGUAAACAGAUCACCGUCUUAACGCGUAAAUUUUGAAUUAAUUAAAUAAUUUAUAAUUAAUUUAAUUAAUAAGUGGUAGGUAUGCAUAAAAGAUAUGCAUUCAGUUCAAUGAGGAAGCUCCUUGGCUUCUUCAAUGUUUCGCAAGAACGUGAGAAUGAGUUAAAGGAAAAUAGCUUACCAGAGAGACAAAGAAAGAGAAGUAAAUUUACGGAAUUAUUAUUAGAAAUGCAUAUUGCACGAGUAUACGCUUUUUUAUUCGUGUUAAUGUAGGAAAUAAAAUACGUCGGAAUUAAAUGUAAAAGAUUGAUAAAUCUUUCUUAAAUUAAGCGCUAUAAAGAAUCGUGUUUGAUAUUAAAAUAUUUAAAAAAUAUACAGAUCGAAAUUAUGUGGGGAAUCUUUAAUAUCCUCUAUCGGCGGAAUAAUUUUAUAUUCCUGAGAGUAUGACAAUAUUAAUAUACUAAUAAAAUUAUGUAACAACUGGAUACACACACGUACAUACAUAUACACGCAUUCGUUACAUAAGAUGGCUAUAAACGUGCAAGAUCGGUUAAUUAGGUCAGUCAGUUUCAUUCAUUCAUUUCGUUUUGCGAGUGUUUGCGCCGCUAUCGGGCUUGCAUUGCUUUCCAUCAAACGCAUAAGUUUUCUGCUAUGAAAAUUAUCUCGAUGAACGUCACAUAAAUUGUGCAAGAAAAAGGCUCUUACACACAUGCAUAUGACUCGAUCGAACCGGUCGAUCGUUAUUCAUUAACAAUUGCGAUUGAGCAAGCUUGAAUAAUCGUGACCCGAGCGACGGAGAGUGCAAAGGCAAAGAGCUCUGAACAUUUAGGAAUCCUAUUGUUAUACAUGAUCUUUGAUGAACAUACGCUGUUCCGUAAAUGGGCGGUCGAACUAUAUGUACUCUUUAUAGUUAGGUAUCUAUUAGCUACACUGCGAAAAGCCAUUUCAAAUUCCCCUAAGACUCGCGCCGGCAACAAGCUCGAAUCUUGCAAAAUCGAUGCUGGAUCUUAAUGUCAGGUCUCGGGAAAAUGGCCCCGCGCACAAAAUUAUCUCGAUUUCUACCUCGAUACUUUCGAUUGCACCGCGCUGACUUGCAAUGAUCCCUUCUGUUGACAGAGUUCUAAGAUGUGCUAAAUAAUCGAACAAUAAUGUUUAUUAAAAGUAGAAGUAAAAAUAUUUAGUUUGCUAGGACUUGUCGAAGAAAAAUGUGAUGGUUUCAGAAUGUAUUUGCAAUUAUUAUCAUUUUUAACACCUUCUUAUAGCAAAUAUUACAAAUGUAUGCUGACAUAAUUAAUUUUUAUAUAUAAUGAACAUUGAUUAAAGUUAGAUUUAAUUAGAGAUAUAUUUACACAAGUUAUUUGAUAUUCAGUAAAAAAUGUACAUAUGUUUAUAUUUUAUAUCUCAGAUUGUAUUGCUAAAUGGGUCUACGUCUUUUCAAUCGAUCAAGAAACACUCCAUCAUUAAUUUUAAAUUAAUAUUUAUUAUUUGCCGUUUGAGUUUUUGUAAGAUGUUAUUUUUAUUGUUUGUUGUAAAUAAUCAUAGAUGUCAGCGACGAACGCGGUGAAAGGUUUUGCCGUGACAUUUCCAUCGUAGAAAGACAUUAUCGAGGGAAAUGGAGAUUAGAACCUGGCUGCUUCUGUUAAUUAUUUAAGAUAAUUAACAUUUACGUUACGUUAUAAAAAAUAAUUAUAUAUAUAAAUUAUUUGAUUUAGGUAUACUGUAGUAUAUCGAAAUACUGUUCGCUCUGUUAAAAUUGUGAUUUGUUUCGCGAAGUGAAUUUUUUUGAUAUAUGAUUGUUGCAUUCCUUCAAUUAUUACACCGCGUUUAAAAACGAAGAUUUAAUUUUAAGAUUUUAGAAUGUUUUAUUUUUGUCUCCGUUUUUUAAAUACUUAAAAAUAUUUUAAUAUUUAAACACCGUUUAAGACAAAAACACUUUUAAUCAUUUAAAAACGGAAACAAAAAGUAUUUAAAUAUCUUAAAAUUAAGUACUUUUUUGAGUGUACAUGUGUACGAGUAUAUACCGUUGACAUACCAAAGCGCAUUACACGUAAUCGUAUUAGUUCAAUUGCGCUUAUUCCAUGUCUUUUCUGUUGCAAGCGCAAUUGCGCAAGUAGCAGCUAAAGCUGGUAAGGCGUAUGAACGAGACGAGGGACUAGAAAACACGUUUACCGAUAUAUUAAACAUGCAAUACUGAUCUCACAGGAUAAAAUUAAACUGUACAGGAGAGUCUACAUUGCAGCGCGUGCAUCAGGAUAUUCCAGAUUCACCGCCUUUCUUUUUAAUGGCAGAUUCUUUCAUGGCAAUAUUAGAAAAUGCAACAUCUCAUUUGAUUCCAGAAUCUCUUUGUAAAAUUGCAACGUCCCGUUUCGCAUUUAUUAAAACAAGUUGUUUAUUCGUUUUCAUUCACGUUUGUUUGGCUUUAUGCGAGUAACAGGUGCAAAUCGAAAGAGCGAAGAUUACACAUUUGCGGCGCGAGGCAUACGUAAGACACUUUUAAAUGUACUCGAUGUGUACUAAAUGUCGCAUGUUCCUGACCACGAUCAGAAACUUUAUCGCACUCUCAUCUUUUACUCGUCGUUUCCUGUCCCCCUUUUCUCCCCUAAUCUAUUCCGUCGAUUUACCGCGCGAUUCGCGACUCGUCUCAUACUGCUGUCAGGCGCAUCUAUUAAUUAUCGAUAUCAUUGAUAUUUAAUAAGCUAUCGCUCGCCUAUUAUUUAUUGAGACACUCUCUAAAAGUCGUGCGUUUAAAGAAAUCGUCGGAUUCUAUGAUGUAUUCAUGAAUGUCUUUGAAUGGAGGAACAGGGUAGGCUGUAACUGCACACUUUUUCGCUAUCGCUGUAUAAUGGAAUCGCUACUCGUUUCCGCGCGAACAUAUAUAUAUAUAUAUAUACAUACAUAUAUUCUCUCUUUUUCCAUAAUCACUUUUCCUUCUUUGUUAAAAAAAAAAGAAUCAGGUGGCGUUGGGAAUUCGAUCGUUUCCGCUUCGAUAUUGUCUCAUCGCCCUUAGAAAUGAAAACCCCUCUUCGAACGACAGUUCCAAUCAUUGUAAAUAUUUGUAGCGAAUAACAGUGGUGCGUUGCGCGUGUGAGAAAGAAAAUGAGAAAGAAAGAGAAAGAGAGAAUGAGAAAGAGAGUGUGUGUGUGUGUGUGAGAAAGAGAGGAAGAGAGAGUUGAUUUGUGCAGAUUCUAUUAUUUCCUACGACGAUUUACGGCAUUAUUUUUCAACGGAAAGUGAAAUAUACGUGUUAAAAAAACGA